GUCCCUAACGCUUCCGGUGGGGACAACCGAGGGGGAAAGAAUAUCGACAAGAGCAUUUAUACAUGUUUAGUCUAAUUUUUCAGCUGUUCCAUUGUCAUAGCUACUGUAAAUUGGGUGAAAACGAUAUGAAUGUAGUUCCAUUUGUGCUUUUUCCUAUAAGGUUUAGUUACGUUUGAGCCAUAAGCCUAUUUGUGAUGUUAGCGUGGCUGUAACCUUGGCCUGUGGUUUGUGUCACGGAAGAGGAGUUUGGCUGUUAUUGGUAAAAUAAAACAUGUCAGGUUGCAGUUUGAGCUCGUUAUCUUCCAAGAUCCUGACAGAAGGUACAGUUUUGUCACCUUGCCGGUGGUUUGUGUCAGCACGCAGUAAAUUUACCAAAGCAAGAAUCUCAAAAGAGCUCUUUGCUGAGAGAUCAAAAGAACAUGAAAAAUAUGGUGGCGAUCCAGACCAGCCUCAUAAACUGCAUAUAGUAACACGAGUCAAAAGUGUGAUGCGAAGACCAUACUGGGAGAAAGAGAUGGUGAAUCACCUGGGGCUUCAAAAGGCACAGGUCCCAGUAAUUCACAAAAAUACACCUGCAGUCAAUAACCAACUGAAAUUUGUCAAGCACCUGGUGAGGAUCCAGCCACUGAAGGUCCCCUACGGACUCCCUACUGAACAGGACAUGGCCAACACCUACAUUAACAGUAAAGGAGAGCUGAUUAUCCGUCGCCUUAUCCAACCAGUAGAGCCCAAGGCUAUUGAAUCUUAGCUACACUCUCAAUAGAAGAAUUUUUAAGUCCUGUGAUACAAAGCUACCAGCUGUGAUUCUGCUUCACUGGGAAAAUGCUUUGGUUUGUUUUGCCUAUCAAUAAAUGCCAAUCUAAAAACUAA